AGCUGAAAUGACAGACUGGGCAAGCGGUCACCUGCGGCCGGCGAUCGAUCACCCGGGGCAGGCGGAGCCCGGCCGCUCCCCGCUCCCUGAAGCCGUGUGAGGGCCGCGCCCCGGCGCAUGCCCGCCGGCCGUGCCCGGUUACCGUUGCCGGGGCCUGGCAGCGGCGAUGGUGAAGGAAACGAUCCGAGUGUACGCGCGGGUGAAGCCGGUGGGCAGGCGGCAGCAGGCGGGGAGUUAUUCAGUUGAUAAUGAGGAACAUCUGCCCAGUCUGGAGAUUACUGUGCCACGUGACUUAGCAGAUGGGUUCAUCAAUAAUAAACAAGAAAGCUACAAAUUCAAAUUUGAGAAAAUUUUUGAUCAAGAGGCAAAACAAGAUGUGAUUUUUGACAGCAUUGCCAAACCAGUAGCAGAAUGUGUUUUGUCUGGAUACAACGGUACUAUCUUUGCAUAUGGUCAGACAGGCAGUGGCAAAACUUUCACCAUCACAGGAGGAACGGAACGUUACAGUGAUCGAGGCAUCAUUCCCAGGACCUUAUCUUAUAUUUUUGAUCAAUUGCAGAAGGAUAGCAGUAAAAUGUACACAACUCAUGUUUCCUACUUAGAAAUCUACAAUGAAUGUGGUUAUGAUCUGCUGGACCCUAGACAUGAGGCCUCCAGAAUGGAAGAUUUGCAAAAAGUGACGAUAAUGGAAGACUCUGACCAAAACAUUCAUCUGAAAAACUUGUCUCUUCUGCAAGCAACCAAUGAAGAGGAAGCCUUAAACCUACUCUUCUUGGGAGACACCAACAGAAUGAUUGCCGAGACACCGAUGAAUCAAGCCUCGAGCCGAUCUCACUGCAUUUUCACUAUUUAUAUCUCCAGCAAGGAACCUGGAUCUGCAAUUAUUCGACACUCCAAGUUGCAUUUAGUAGACCUUGCUGGAUCAGAGCGUGUUGCAAAGACUGGAAUUGGAGGCCACUUACUGACAGAAGCCAAAUAUAUCAACCUGUCAUUACAUUAUUUGGAGCAGGUAAUAAUUGCCCUUGCAGAGAAAAACCGGUCCCACAUUCCUUACCGAAACUCUAUGAUGACCUCAGUCCUAAGAGACAGCCUGGGAGGAAACUGCAUGACUACCAUGAUAGCAACACUUGCUAUGGACAAAAGAAACAUAGAUGAAUCUAUAUCAACCUGCAGAUUUGCACAGCGAGUUGCUCUUAUUAAGAAUGAAGCAGUUCUUAAUGAAGAAAUUGACCCCAGAUUGAUGAUUGUCCAGCUGAAAAAGGAGAUCCGGGAUUUGAAGGAUGAGUUGGCACUGGUGACUGGCAAGCAAAGAAUGUCCGAGCUUUCACAAGAAGAACUGUUUCAGUUGGAUGAGUUAAUUCAAACAUUUCUCAAAGACAGAGAUCCUGAUAGCUCUCUGGAUGUUGGUGCUGACAUGCGCAAGAUCAAGUAUUGCUUCAUUCAUAUGAAGCAAAUUAUAAAUCAUCCAGUGACUUCAAGUAAAAAACUGUUCUCACAAGACAUCUCUGAAGAAAAAAAACAUAAUGAAGAACUGGGAAAACUGAAAGGGCUUCUGCAACAAAGAGACAAUGAAAUCAAUAUUCUGGUAACUAUGCUUAAAAAAGAAAAAAAGAAGGCACGAAGUGCUCUUUCCCAGCUUAAUACCACCUAUGCUGAUUCUGCUGUCUUGAAGCAGUGUCCUUCUAUGAACUUGGAAGAAAGUCAAAGUCCAUCCAGAUAUUUUAGCCUGGAAGAGGCAAGAGUUUUCAGCUCUUCCAUUCCCAGAUUACCUUUUCUUUCCAGAGCAACAGGAGAAAAGCUAUCACUUGGAUGCCAAGAAGCUUUUGAAGUUUUCAAGCAGGACCAUGCUGACAGUAUAACCAUUGAGGACAACAAACAGCUUCUGAAGCAGAGGUUUGAUGAAGCUAAAUGCCUUGGAGAGAAAUUAAAUGAAGUGAGAAAUAAAAUAAACCAUCUGAAAGGAAAGAUCAUGCAGAGGCAGAUUCAGAGAGCAGCUCUAGGUAAGAGCGUAACAUUUCUAAUAGAUUACAACAGGGACAACAAGUUCUCUCAUAGGGCUGAAUCUGUUUCGGAUGCAGGUUGCAUUUUUUAUGACAGUCUUUUUACUGCAGUAUUUCUAAAACAGUCCAUGCCACAGAAAACAUGGACUCUAUGA